CGUAAAAAACGGACUUUAAACAUGACGUUAAAUCUUGCAGGAAAAAAGUUUCUGAUUACAGGGGCUGGUAAAGGAAUUGGUCGCGAAAUUGCCAAAACGUUACACCAGCAAGGGAGUAAAGUCAACGCUUUAAGCAGAUUGAUAGAACCACUGAAAUCACUUGUUUCGGAAAAUCCUGGAAUACAACCGAUACAUGCAGAUGUCGGGAAGUUGGAAACGCUUUUUAACAAACUGGAAGGGAUAGACGUUUUGGGCGGGCUUGUAAAUAAUGCAGCACAGACUGGAAUCCCUCUCAUCGGUGCAUUGGGUUAUCCCCGAGAGGAGCUUCAUAGCCUGAUUGAUUCACAAGUUCUUGGACUUAUCAACGCGACGCAAAUUGUCGCAAAGAAAAUGGUUGCAGCAGGAAAGCAUGGAUCCAUCGUUAAUGUGUCCAGCAUUUGGUCCAAGCAAGUGGUUCCUGGGCAAUUGGCAUACACAAUGACAAAGGCUGCUGUUGAUAUGAUAACCAAACAGUUUGCUCUAGAGCUUGGUCCUCACAAUAUUCGGGUCAAUGCUGUUAAUCCAACGCUUGUUCUCACCGAAAAGGUAACAAGGGUUAUUAAAGAAGGAGUGCCUCUGGACGAGAUUUUUAUCGAAAGGACACCAAAUCAUCGAAUAUGUAAGGUCCACGAAAUUGCCUUACCAGUGCUUUAUCUUUUAUCGGACUUAUCCACGACCACUAAUAUCAUUAAUGGAGGAAUGAUGUCGUCAUAUUGUACCAGUUUUGAUACUAAGAAGACUUGAUGGAAAUAACAGUGGAGCAUAUUGAAUAAUGCUUGUAGGUCACAAACAAUCGUAAUUUAUGUCACGUACAAUUGUAAUUAUAUGAUUACCAGUUUAAAUUCAUCACUUUGUUUAGGAAUGUUACUUUGUUACUUUGUUAUUAUCCGAUAUGCAUGAGUUUGUUAUGUACUAUUAGCUGUCACAUCUCAUUUUUUAUUAUUCAAUGAAAACUCAUUUGGUUCUUUUCUCUGUUAUGUUUACAUCUUGUUUUAUAUCGCUGUGUAUUGAUACGAUAUGAAGACACUUGUUAUUUGUACUUUUCAAGGAUGCCAUCAAGCUGCAAGCGACUAAUAUUUUUUUGAUCAUAAAAUAUAUUAAGUUUAGCCUUCUGUAUUCUGUUCACACGUAGAAAUAAGACAAUUGAGCAAUAAACUUAGUAUUUCUAGUAUUCUAAUAAUUAAAAUGGAUAUAAACAAGAGGCGUUAGCCCUUGGUGGGGGAAAUAGCUACUGAGUAAUGGACAAACGUGUUGAAAGUUUUUAUAUAAAUCGAAAGCAGGUGGAUUUAUCACAUAAGGUUCGCACGGCUUUUCAUUUAUAAGAGAAAAUACAACAACAUUGGCUUACAGUGUGAUUUCAGUUAUUCACUUAUUGUCCAACAUUGAAGUUUUAUAUAUCCAUGCAUAUUUAUUUACGGUGUGUGCGUAUGUCUGUCCAAAUCUUAACAAAACUGUUUUAUUUGUUUUGAAACUGUUUUGAAGAACAUGUAUAUAAAGUAGGGAUGCAAACGAAUAUUCGAAUAUUCGAUCGAACGUUUGAUAUUCGAAUGUCAAAAUCGGUA